CUCAAUCAAAAUGUCAUAUCCUUUGCGACUUUUUCUAUUACCUGUCAUGAAUUUUGAUGGUGAUGCUUCAUAUUUGUUUUUAACUUCUGUCAUCUGUGAAAAUAGGAUGAGUGAUAGGAACUGUUUAAUGGGUUCAAAGUAGAAUGUUGUCCUUAUCAUAUGUAAUGCAUCUAGUAUAAUGCAACAGUCAUAGAAAAAUAUUGCCAGUUGCCUAUCGGCAGUAAACUGAUGUCAUGGAUACAAAAGACAGCAUUUCAGAGUCAUCACAUUCAUCAGUGUCACAGACUUCACUGAAGAAUGUCAAUAAAUAUGAUGAAGGUGGUCCCAGAAGAUCAACGAGAGCAGACUAUGAAACAGCCAUUGAAGCAACAGAAUAUGGAAAAUUUCAUUAUUGGUUGCUCUUAGCAUGUGGUUGGGCUAAUGCAGCUGACGCUGUUGAAAUUCUAUGUGUUUCGUUCUUGUUGCCGUCAGCAGAAUGUGAUCUCUUAUUAACCUCGACUGACAAAGGAAUUCUCUCUGCCAUCGUUUUCCUAGGAAUGAUGAUUGGUGGCUACCUGUGGGGAGGUUUGGGUGAUUCCUUAGGAAGACGUGGGGUUUUGAUGGUUUCAAUGACCGUCAACGCAAUUUUUGGCAUGCUGUCUAGCUUGGCCAUGACAUUCCCGACAUUUUUGGUUUUACGAUUUUUGUCAGGCCUCGGGAUUGGUGGGAGUAUUCCUGUAACUUGGUCCUACUAUGCGGAGUUUCAACCCAAAGCAAAAAGAGGUGCCAUGCUCUCGUUUUUGGCUGCUUUCUGGAUGGUUGGGAACUUCGUAGUUGCAGGACUUGCUUGGGCUAUUAUACCGUUAACCUUUGAGUACGAAUCAGCCAAUUUCCAGUUCAACUCAUGGAGGCUAUUCACUCUACUUUGCGGUAUUCCAAGCUUAUCAGUCGCAGUUACCCUUAUAUUCUUCCCCGAAUCUCCUCGAUAUUUGCUGUCGCAAGGAGAUGAAGAGGGGGCACUCGAGGUGUUCCGUCGUAUUUAUACCUCAAAUACCGGUAGGCCAGCAUGUCAAUACCCGUUUACAAACCUGGAGUUGGACGACGAUAUGUUGUCAACUGUUUCUCAUCAUAGCGAAAAAUUAUUCAGAAGAAUUAAAAGGAUAUGCCAUCGAGUGGGGUCGCAAUCAAAGCUGGCUUUUGGCCCUACUGUCCGAAGAUCAAUGAUUUUAAUGAUUAUUAUCAAUUUUGCCAUCCAAUUCGGUUACUACGGGUUAUGGCUUUGGUUCCCGGAACUCUUCAAUCGAUUGCAAGUCUACUACGAGGAUCACAAUGUUACAGUUUCCGUUUGCGAAGUCGUGGAUUUUAAACCGAAUACUACUGGGCAAGACCCAUUUGAACAUUGUCAAGACGCUGCACCACCCGAUAACCAGGUUUUUAUCAACGCAUUUAUCGUAGCAAUUGCUCCUUUACCCGCAAAUAUUUGGACGAUAUUCCACAUGGAUAAGCUUGGGAGAAAAUUCUUUCUUGUGUUCAGCAUGGUUGGAUCUGGAUUGGCAGCCUUCCUCAUUUGGCUAGUUCGUAGCAGUGCCGGCAACUUGGCGUUAUCUUGUAUCUUUGGAGCUGUGUCUACUAUGGGUUUCAACGCACUGGACUGUCUUGGAGCGGAAUUAUUUCCAACAAACGUUCGGUCCACGGCAAUGUCCAUAACAUUGGCAGCCGCUCGGCUGGGAGCGAUAUUAGGCAAUAUUAUUUUCGGGGUUUUCGUCGAUGUUGCUUGCGCCAUUCCUAUUCUUCUAGUCGCGACACUCUUAAUGUUUGGCGGUCUACUAGGACUUUGGCUUCCGAACACUACCAAAGAACCGUUACUAUAAUUUUAAGCAUUUAGCUAACGAUACCGGUUUGUACACACGUCCAUAAGAAAAUUAUUAGUGUUUAAGCUAGAAAUUGGCUUCAUUUUGUUGAUAUCAUUAAUAGGAGUUUAUUACAUAAGUUCAAGCAA